ACCAGACCUUUCUGCUGCCGACGGGUUCAGUAUUCCAGUCAGCGGACAAACGUGAACAUGCAGCGAGCCACCAUCCAAACCCUGGCGAAGGCCGUCAAGGCCCAAGCACCUGCGCAAGUUCGCCUUCUGUCUUACACGGAGCGCCAAGCGCGCCUCGGGCGACCGGUGUCGCCGCAUGUGGAAAUCUAUGCGUUCCCCAUCACGGCGCUUUCGUCCAUCACGAACCGCGUGACUGGGACGGCAUUGUCGGGUGGGUUCGCUGCCGUCGGUGCGUUGUCCGUGAUUGGUGCGGACGUCCCGUCGUUGAUCUACUCUGCGCAAGAAAUCAUUCCGUUCUUCGCCCCUGUCUCCAAAUUCGUCGUGGCCUUCCCGAUCACGUAUCACUUCCUCUGUGGGGCUCGCCAAUCGAUCUGGGACAACAACCCGGACCUUCUGUCGCCUCCGCAAGCCGCCCCCACGAGCUACGCCCUUUUUGGCGGUGCCGCGGUGCUGAGUUUGGGUGCCGCUGCCAUCACCAUCAAGCGAGAAUAAUUAUACAGUCGUAUCUCUCUCUCAAAUGUAAACCCAAUGCUUGCUUCUGCAGCAGUAACGCUCCAUGUCGUCCACGUACGAUUGCAAAUACGGUAAUGACGAUUUCAUGGUUUGGGAA